AUACGACAAUGGGCUCUGCCUGGUAACGUAUUUUCUUCCUCCUCAUCUAGAUUUGCAUUGGAGUUAUCUUUCUAUGGGUGCAAGAUGUGGAUGUCUAUUGCAAUCCUGCUUUUGAUACAAGCAUCUGCAGACUCAGAGGAUAUCAUCAGGAGGAAAAAGGAUGUGAAUCCAGAGACAUUCAUGAAUGUUAGCCAAAUGAUCCGCCACAGAGGGUACCCCAGUGAGGAAUACGAAGUUCUGACUCACGAUGGUUAUUACGUAAGACUGAACAGAAUUCCUCAUGGGAGAGAAAACACUAAAAACAGAGGCCCCAAAUCAGCUGUGUUUCUUCAGCACGGGUUACUCGGAGAAAGUAGCAACUGGGUCGAAAAUCUGGCUAACAACAGCCUGGGCUUCCUACUAGCAGACUCUGGCUAUGACGUCUGGCUAGGAAACAGCCGUGGGACCACAUGGUCCCGAAGGCACAAGGCCCUUUCAGCUGACCAGGAAGAAUUCUGGGAUUUCAGUUUUCAUGAAAUGGCUAUGUAUGACCUCCCAGCAAUGAUCAACUUUGUUCUGCAGAAGACUGGACAGAAGCAAAUAUAUUACGUCGGCUACUCACAAGGCUCCACUAUCGCAUUCAUAGCAUUUUCAUCCAUGCCAGAACUGGCUCAGAAAAUCAAAAUAUUUUUUGCCCUGGCUCCUGUAACGGCAAUUAAGCACGCCAAAAGUCCCAUCCUGAAAAUGUCGUUCCUUCUUGACAGACAGUGCGAGACACUUAAGCUUCUGUUUGGCAAAACGGAUGUCUCCUUGAGGAUAAGAAAGAUGCGGAAAUUUCUUCCUGAACUGUGCAGCUACUCAUUCUUUCACAAGUCCUGUUCUAACACAUUUUUCCUUCUGGGUGGCUACAAUGAGCAGAAUUUCAAUAUGAGCCGACUGGAUGUGUAUACAGCCCACUAUCCUGAUGGGACGUCUGUUAAAAAUAUGAUACACUGGGCCCAGCAGGUUAAAUCAGGAGGCUUCAAAGCUUUUGACUACGGCGGUGGAAACCAAGCCGUGUACCACCAGGAGACGCCUCCCUCCUACAAGAUCGAGGAGAUGCCUGUGCCAACUGCAGUGUGGUCCGGGGGCAAGGACUGGGCAGCCGACUGGAGGGACAUCGGCGUGCUGCUGCCUCGCAUCGCCAACGUUGUUUACUACAGGAACAUCACUGACUGGAACCACUGGGACUUCGUCUGGGGCAUGGAUGCCCCUCAGCGCCUCUACAGCAAAAUCAUCGAGCUGAUGGAGAUGUCCCAGUAAAAAGCCAGCUCCCUAGGCUUAGUGGGGAACAGGCCACUGCUGGGAGAUGCUGGUGGCCGAGGCCCUUUCCCACGGACCAGGGAGCCCUGCCAGGGACAGCAGGAGGAGGCUGUGAGACGUCCCCCUUCCCCCUGCUUGCCCCUUUAGUGUCUUCGUCAUACUGUCCUGAAACGCUUGCUGUCACAGUGUUUCCUGCUUGUCCUUGAGCCGUGAGGAUCUGCCCCCUUCUUUCCUGAGGGCUUCUCAAAGACAGCACCCAAGAUGAUGAUUCUCUUAGCUGGGGCAGGGCGGGGCUGGGGGAUAUCGAGCGGGUGAAUGGCCCAGGUGGUAGGGCACGGCUGGGGUGGCAGCGGGAUGAGUCGGUGCUCCGGGACACGCAGGGCUGGAGCACCCACGCGGCCCUGCUGGGAAGGCCCCGAUGCGACAGCUAAGCGACGUCGUGGGCUGUGUGAGAGGGAUGCGGAGACCCUGGUGAGGCCCCACGGAGGCUGCCAGACUGACCGGGCCUGGACCACUCAACCCAGAAGGAGAUGGGAGGGAGCUGGGUUCAUAGGGUCUGGCUGCUGGGACGCAGCAAGCAGCCCACAGCUGUGGGACAGGCAGAGACAGAGGGGAUGCCCCUGGAGGAGGAGCAGCCCUGGGACAGGUCUCCGGGGAGGUGGGGGAUCUCCAUCCCUAAGAUACUUUACCCCCUUUCUUCCUGGGAUUACCAAGGACCCCAAGGAUCAGGGCAAAGAGCAACUCUGGAGGAGGAAACUGCCUGGAGCCAGUGCUGGCCCCACCGAGUCGGAGAUCAGGGGUCAUGGCUCAGCAGGCACCGGGAAGCCCCUCACUGAUGUUGGUUUGUCCUGGGGGACUGUUGGGGACGGGGAUCGGGACAUCAGCAGGGCUUAAUCCCUCUCACCUCCUCACAGACAAAUGGAACAAAACCUCCCAGGGCUUCCAACCCCCCAGGAUGCCCCUGGAGCCGUGGCUCUUCUCUGGUCCUCCCUUGCAGCAACGCUGAUGUGGUCUGGGCAGCUGCCAGGGGGACUCCUGGCACGGCCUGCAGCAGCAUCUUAGCUAGCCCUGCUCCAGUCCCAAGCGUUUGGCUGCACUGUCUAAUCCUGGGGCUGAACUGGCAGGACAGAUCCCUUGGGAUAACUCCAUGAGUCAGUGUGGAUAUGCUGGGAAUUCCCAUCGUUAAGUGCUUCCCUGAGGGAGCUGACAACCCCAGAUGCGCCGCGGUUGGGGUCACUGUUGAUGCCAGAUGAUGCCUCAGGGCUGCCACGACACUGGUUUGUGGGUGGGCUUGUUUUCCUGCUGUUAGGCGCAGUCUCCCUUCGUGCUCCCAUCCUGCUAUUUACUGGAAAAAUGACAGAGGCAGUAAAAAACUCUCACAAAUAAA